AUGUCUUUGUAUCAACCGUCGGGCUGGCUUCCGGGCAUGACCUUGGACUUUGCUGUCGCCAUCGCAGAGGUCCGUGACAAGGUAGGCCACUCGUUCCAGCAGGGAGAAUGGAACACCGUGCUCUACAAUAUCAUCAACGACUGGCUCUGCGACGAACGCAAACUCGACUACGGAGUCAACGUAGAGUACUCUCUCAUGUACAUUCACGUCGAGUUUCUCAACACUCUCUGGCGAGAGUUGUACGGCCGCCUUGGUAGACCUUCACCCUGGGCUCUCUUGGACCCCAUGCUUUUUGAGAGCAACACCAAGAGCGACAUCGUUCUCGAAGCAAAGCCUUUGCUCGACCAUCUCUUGCACACCACUACUCAAGACGACUUCAUUCAAGUGCUCGCCAGUGGAAAGAUUCCCGACAGCAAGGAAAGCGUCAAGGACGAGGACGAGGACGAGGCUCCGUCAGCUGGUAGUUCGAGCCCAGAAACCGCCGAGAAUGAGUCGGAGGAUGACUUGUUUGCUCGACAGCCUCCCACUUAUCGAUCUACUCUGAGAAGAUGGUAA